UAAUCAAACAAAACACUUCGAAAUCGAGAUCCAAGCAGUAAACAACAAAGCUAUCGAAACCAAUUUUUUGUUGAAAAGUUUAAAGCAGCUUCGCCAUGGGAAAAAUCUUUGUGGAUCACAUCGGUGGCCAAAAGUUGUACAACUGUGCCGCUUGUGAAACCAACUUGACCAACAAACGGGAGCUAAUCAGCACCAGAUUCACAGGGGCUACUGGCCGUGCGUAUUUGUUCAAGCGUGUGGUGAACAUUACCUACUCGCAGGUACAGGACCGUAUAAUGCUUACUGGACGCCAUAUGGUUCGGGACGUUAUGUGUAAAAACUGCAAGGCCAAGCUGGGUUGGAUGUACGAGUUUGCCACUGAAGAAACACAAAAGUACAAAGAGGGACGUGUAAUCCUCGAACAUGCUCUAAUUACUGAAUCGGAAGGCUUUCCGGAAGUUUAGGAUAAACUCAUCGCUCUCAUCAUAUACUAAAUUUAUUCUUCGGAUCAUAUGUGUGUGAAGAAAUAAAAUUCCAAAUAAUAGUGUUCAGAAACACGUUUCUAAUCGA